GCCAGCAAUGAGCUUUCAUCUCAAGCAUGACCAGUUGAAUAAACUGUGUCGUUGUCUUCAGACUGUUCAUGUGUAAAAGCGAACACAUUUAGUGGACAGUGUUGUCCAAAAUCAUCAAGACUGGACUCGGACCUGUGAGAUUUCAAUGGAUUAUCUGCAGCCUUUGAUCGAGUUUGGUGUCAUCCUGAUUCUGGCCUCUCAUUCAAAUGGUCAAACGUGGCGUUUGAAUGUCAAGCAGCGCAUCAAAGCAGUAAAUGGCACAAAUUUGACCAUACCAUGUACAUUCUCUUACCCACCUAAAUACCACAUGGAAAAACCUCAGCUCUUCUGGAAACUAUUGAAUAAAAAGAGUACUUUUAACACCUACGACAAGGAUUUCAACGCGUUCUUUUAUCAUCCCAAUAAGUCAUUUGUCGAGGAGAAGUAUCAAGGAAAAACCACGCUGGUGCAAAAUAACGACAGUAGCUGCACCCUCAACAUAAGAGAGUUCAUGGAUGAGGAACUGAAGAUUUACUUUAGGAUAAUUGCGAAGGGCGAAAACUACAGUUUCAUUAGGAAAUUUGUCACUAUAUCUCAAUCAGGCCAAGAUGUCAGACAAGUCACAUUCAGUACAGGAAUUGCUGUACCGACUUCAGCCAAUAUACCCCAAGAUGAAAGGAAUAGAAAUGGGUUUCAAACCAUCUUUAUUGCCACUUUUAUACCCCUGGCAGCAGUUGUGGUGAUUCUUACUGCUGGAUUUCUCAUAUGGAAAAAGCACACCAGGUCACAAUCACUUGUGAGGGAGGGCUCUGGAUAUUAUGCAAAUUUUAGCAGAGCGUCACCAAGCAAAGACACGAGAAAAGAAAAAAAGAAACAAGAAAGCAUAACUCUUCCAGACAGGAAGGUUGUGGACGAACCUGUUUAUAUCAACGUGCAGAAUGCUAUGGGUCACACGGACACACAUACGGCUCGUGGAAUGGAUAACAAAGACAAUAUUUAUGAAAAUGUCCAUCACGCUAAAUAGUACACUCCAUCUUGUUGAUUUCUGCUGCUGAAAGUACAAACACAGAUCACACGAGAACAGGGUAGUUAUUACACAAUUGUGAGCAUCUCAUAUUGUGAAAUAGCACCCGUAGUGGGAAAGGUCAUUUUCUUUGUGUAGUACAGCAGUAGUUCAACACUUUCUUUACAAAUUUUAAAAAUGAACUCAUUCUGUUAACUGUAAAUAAAUACAUUUUGUUCAGAUUUUCUCCAAAACAGAAUUACUUUACACUCCUUUAAUGUAGUGCUAGUUGCAAUUUUUAUAAACGUAUUAUUUCUUGACUUGUUUGCCCAAAGGAACACAGAACAUUAAGAAAGUUGAGUCAUAAAGGCGCCAUUAUAUAUGAGGUUUGUUAGUAAGAUAACAAAACAAUCUCACAGAAUAUCUUAUAUUAAGAGUAAUAUUAAGAGUCAGUGACACUGCUAUCACUUUUUCGCUUGUGAAUAAAAAGUCCAAAAGUAUUUAGCCAAGGCCAGUGACAAUUUUGGGAGGAAAUCUUAUCAUUUGCCGAGACAGGGGGAGAUGGGUUUUUUUCAAAGGCGUAGGUUUGCAUAGGGACAAAACACUACCAACUUUUCAGGAAGCUCAAAUUGUCCCCACCAACUUUUAGCCAACCUUAUUUCCAUUACAUAAUGAGUUCAGUGAGAUAGGCAAUUUAGAUUGUUUUCCCAUAUGUUGGAAGAAUAGAAUAAACCCUACCAUUAUUAAGGGAAUUAUUUUCAUUAUGGUCAGACUUACAUUGAUCCUCUUUCACUUGAUGACUAUGCCGGUCCAUAACCCUCCUCCAACAAACGCAUGUUUGAUUGGCUGAUGACUUGACCACCACUCUCCCCCAUUCCACACAGGCACACACGCUCACUCACACAGCUCCAGCAGAUUUGUGUCGACAACAUGCCGCCUUUUUCGAAGAAGAGGGAUAUUAGAAGUUUUUUUUUCAGCCAGCAGCAGCCACUGUAAAUAAUGUAAAAACAUGUCAAUGUUGUGGAGGUGGGGGAAACACCACUAAUUUUGCUACUGAAAGUCUGCCCUGCAUCACAGUUAACAUAACAUUAAACUGUGUGAACUUGCUAACCUGCAAAACUACUGUGGUUAGGCCAGCCUCUACAAGGAACAAGGAAGUCAAGCCAGCCGUCCCGCAUUUGCAUUAUGUGCAUUACGGUAAUGCAACGCGGUGGCUUCUGAGUGCAAGUCCCUUUAUUAACAUAAAACAGAGAGCUAUCCAAGAAUGGGUCCACUUCAUUUGCCUGGCACGGCCAGACUGUUAUCAACACUGUGAGAAUAGUCUGGGACACAGCUUCUUACUAGCCUCUCGAGCCAGAGCAAAAUCAUCCGUGCGAUCAGAUUUGUUUAUUUGUGUGACUAUUUUAAUGAGCAACGUCACUGUUGCGCAUUGGAAGUCGUCUCUUCAACAACACAGAUGGCGAACGAUAGAGCCGAUAUGUUCCAAUCCGCGGUAAAUUCAGGUUAAAAUGACCAAAAACACAUUGAGUCGCUAAAACCAACAGUCUGUCUCACGGUAGCCAUGUUGAAUAAACUUCUCCGUUCUCCUCUCUCUUCGUAUGUUUAUUUAGACCCGCUAGAGUUUCUUGUCGCUUUACGAACGUCACGUCUGCCCGUCGCUGAUUGGUUCACUCCGCUGUCUGUUUGCUGUGGCUUGCCCCACCCUGGAAAUUUGAUCUGCGGAAUGGUCGGAGGUCCAGGCAACCAUUUCAUGGGGACACUGACAUGAAUUGACAUGAAAAAGAAAUCUGUGAAAUGAAAUCAAACUUCAGAAUUUCAUGAGAGUACUUUGGUUCAAGUCUUGAGGUAGUCUAGUAUGCCUCAGAUGUAGAUCGGUCCUUGAAUAUCUCAGAUUUGUUUCAUUCAUUUUUUCCCAAAUCACUUUUAUAUUACAUUUCUUUGAGUCUAGGGGUGCUCCAGUGUUCCCCAGAUGUGGACCCAUUCUUGGAUUGCUCCCCCUUUUUUUUUUUUGUUGUUUUUGUUUUUUUGUUUUUGUUUUUGCACUUCAAAAUGUUUCUUAAAUAGCUUUUGAAAACAAAGGUUUGAAUCGAACGUUGUAUCAUCUGAGCCAGUACACUUGGAAGUUAGUUUUUAUCAAUACAGAUUUAUUUUGCAUUGAUCAUUUAGCCUAUCAUUUAAUUUGGUUGUUUCCAUAUUGCUGAGAAAUAGUGACGGGAUCUGUUAAGAAAAAUGUAGACAUAUUGCGACAUCUCCCGUGUCCAUGUGCGUUGUUUUGGGGCGCUUGAGUAGCACAUGAUGGACGGAUUGACAUGAUUUGUCAAACCAACCAACACCUGACACGAAAAAAAAAAAAUAAAACACUUGGAAAAAAUUGACACGUAUAUACCGUUUCAUUGCAAAUCAGUAUUAUGGUGAUCAUACAAAAUAUUUUUUUCUGUGCACAUAUGAGGUAAAUAUCGCUGCCAUGAAGCCUCCUUAUAGUGACAGUUCUUUGCCCCCUUCA